CAUACGUACAUGUUUUUCAAAUAAUCCUGUAGAGUCUGCUAACAAGCAACCCAUUCAUUCAAGAUCAACUCUUUAAUUUCUUCGAUAAAAAGGGCAGACUAUUCAACUCUUCUUCCUUAUUUAAACCCAUCCAUAUCAUCCCUUAAUUCUCACCAAAACCCAAAAUGGGACACUCUAAUAUUGCCUUAAUUGUUUGUUUCAUUACUUUUGCUAUAUUUCACUCAACACAAGCCCAAAAUUCUCCCCAAGAUUAUCUUAACGCUCACAAUGCAGCUCGUAGACAAGUUGGUGUCGGCCCUAUGACAUGGGACAAUAGGCUAGCAGCCUUUGCCCAAAAUUACGCCAAUCAAAGAAUUGGAGACUGCAGGAUGCAACACUCUGGUGGCCCUUACGGGGAAAACCUAGCAGCCGCUUUCCCCCAGCUCAACGCGGCUGGUGCCGUGAAGAUGUGGGUCAAUGAAAAGCAAUGGUACAAUUAUAAUUCAAAUUCUUGUGCACCAGGAAAAGUAUGUGGACACUAUACUCAGGUAGUCUGGCGUAACUCAGUACGUCUUGGUUGUGCUAGGGUUCGGUGCAACAAUGGGUGGUAUUUUAUAACUUGCAAUUAUGAUCCACCAGGUAAUUGGAGAGGACAACGUCCGUAUGGUGAUCUCGAAGACCAACCGGCCUUUGAUUCCAAAUUGGAACUUCCAACUGAUGUCUGAUCAUGAAUAUUUGAAUUAAGCUUCAUGUGUUAAAAGGAAAAUAAAUCCAGCAGUACUAUGCUAUGUGAUAGUAAUCUAAUGGUGCAGUAACUGGAGUUUAUAGGAAAAUAUGGAUCUAUAUUGAUAUCCAUAUGGAUCGUUUAAAUAAUUGCUUGUUGUUUUAUUUUGUUAUUCUUGUUUUACAUAUUGUUGUUCUGUGGAGUACGUUACUGUUAAUUGAACAAAUAAAAUGUGUAAAGUUCAUGAGUAAA